AGUGGUCAAUGGGAGUUAAAACCCACCUUUUAAGGCAACAAUAAGCGAUCCAUGACAUUGGAUCAUCUUCUCUGUCGACUUUUCUUUCACUUUUCACUCUUCUUCAAUCAUCACCCGUUUGAUAAUUCACAAUAUUCAGGAUAAUUCGUUAUUCAUUGGGAUUGGGAGUUAAAAUUUUAUAUCUUAAAGCCACUCCUUUUAGAGUUCACUUUCAUUCCCAGGCUGAAUCAGCCUUUACCUUUAAGUGCUGACUUAAUUGUUGCCUUUUGUCUGUUUAAUUGACCCAGAUUUUGUCCAGUUCAUUUCACCAUUUCAUCUGCAUUUGUUUCCUUUCAAUCAGAUUCUCGCUUCUCGCCAUUCAAAGCUAAUUAGAUAUGAUUAAUAUCGUUACAAGUGAUUGUUCAAUUAACUUGGUUUCAUUGUUUGUUUGCUGAGUUUAUCGGAUUCGCAGAAGUUGCGAUUCUUUAUUGAUUACGACUUUUGUUAGAAACUAUCAUGUUUUCACCGUUUUAAAGUUCUAAUCGAUUCUUUAAUGCAUUCGGAGUUUCAUUGAUCAAGUUGGAUAUUUGUUUUGGCCAAUAAACGAAAGCGAAGCAAAAACGUUCAUUUUAUUUUGAUUUACUUGUGUAAUGUCAAAUCAUCAGCCAAACGGAGGUUCAUUCAUUAAAUCGGAAGUUGAUUUUCAGCGUCUGAUUAAUGGUGAAUCCGAUCGUUUAGUGUCACGAGCUUCAAAUCUCCUUCAGAAUAAAUCUUUUACCGAUGUCACAUUCAUUGUCGGACCACCUCAACAUUCAAAAAAAUAUGUUGGUCAUCGAGUUCUUUUGGCAAUGACUUCUCCUGUUUUCGAGGCAAUGUUUUAUGGCGAUAUGGCUGACAAGAGUAAAGUGAUUCGUAUUCCUGAUUUAGCACCAAUUGGAUUUGAAAAUUUAUUACGUUAUGCUUAUACAGAUUCAUUGAACUUGAAUUCAGUUGAAGAUGCAAUGUUAACUGCUUAUGCAGCUAAAAAAUAUCUCCUUCCUCAUCUUUUAAGGGAAUGCUUGGCUUACAUCGAGAAAAAUAUAACUCCAUCGUGCGCUUGUGCUGUUUAUGAAUUUGCAAAUGUACUUAAUUCACAGCAAUUAAUUUUCCAAUCAAUUCAGAUAAUUGACAGGCAAACUUACCAUGUAAUAACUCACAAAUCUUUCAAUACAAUACAACUAUCAACUCUGGAAUUCAUUGUUGGACGUCGAUAUCUCAAUUUAUACUCUGAAUAUUCAUUGUUCAAUGCAAUCAUUCAAUGGGCCUUAGCUGAAUGUAAAAGACGUUCAAUUAAUUCAAAUGAUUGGACAAUUGUUCGAGGUGUUCUUGAAGACAGUACAAUCAUGAGAAAUGCUCGACUAUUAACGAUGUCGAAUGAAGAGUUUUGUCGUGUAAUCGCACACACAACUUCAAAUACGAACACAAUUGCUGGUGAUAAUGAUGAAGGUCAACAAGCAAAUCAAUCCAAUAAUCAAUCGAAUGAUGGUAACAACUCAAUACUCAGUAAAGAAGAGAAGAUAUCAAUCUUCAUGAAUCUCGCAAUUCCAGGAAUCACUCCAGUUCCUAAAGGUUUAUGUCAUGAAACUACACCUCGAGCCGCACCACCAGAGUUUUUCAUUGUUAAACGUUAUAAACCUGUUAAUUAUGCUACAGCAGCUAGUCUGGUCGCAUCGGGUAAUAAUAAAUCAAUACGAAUGAUUUCAAUUAAAUUUCAAGUAAUGAAUGCUGAUAUAUUCAUAUUGGGCGCUUCAAUUCCCAUUCGUUUGGAUCCUGGUUAUUAUUCUGUACGAACUCCAAAGCUUGAUUGUCAAUUAAAAUUUAGUUCCAAGGCUGGAGUGGCAAGUGAGCCUGCGAUGGGCGCUCGAGCUGAUGAUUCAAUUUUACUUGAUACCAUUGAUGAUUCUAUUAACGUUGUCAUCUCUAAGGAUAAGGAUUGCCAUGUUAAGCUCAAGAAGCCUAUCGCAAUUAAGCGCGGUAACCUAAACGAAUUGUUGUUAACCUUUCAAACAACUUCGCUUAACGACGAUAUAAUUGUCAUAAAAGGACAUCGUGGUAAAGUAUCACAAUGUGAAAUUGUUGAUGGUGAAGCACACUCAUGGAUAUUUUUCAAAGCAACUGGAAUCGAAUUCAAUGAACUUUAUUACUAUUAUUAAUUAGAGUAUAAUUAUAUCGGCCUUUGAUGAUACACCUUGGAUGCAUACAUAUUACUUGAAUGUACAUGGAUCCGUUUACAUAUUGUUACUAAAGACUCAAGAAUAGAGGAGUACUCAAGGAUACACCUUUGUUAAUCAAUUGCAUUUCACUAAUAAGAGUUGACAAUUGUUGUACAGACCUGUUAACAGGAUUGACAUUUUGUUAAGCAAUCAAAAGGAUUGUUAAUACAAUUGUUCCUACAAAAUUUCAUUUCAUUCAUUCACUCAUUUGUUUGUUUGUUUGUAGUCAGCUGCUUGCUUUUUACUUGUUACAAUUAGAUUUUUAAUCAUUUACAUUACAUUGGUCAUCCUGUUAACAAAGCUGCCUUUUAUUAAUUGUAAUUAGUGAUUUGUUAUGACUAAAUAGUCUAUUGGAAAACAGUUGAUUCAUGUUAUUAAAACAUGUUGAUUGAUUAA